UAGUCUUAUUGUGUUGACCAAAUCUUUACAGGUAACUUAUACAAAACAUAUCAUAUGAAUGUGCACCUUUUAACAUUUUAACUAAUUUUCAUUCAAUAAUAAAGUAUUUAUUUAACCUAUGAAGUAUUUUAUAUCUCUGUUAACAUAACAUAUAAUAACUGCUAGCCACAAUUAUAGAUAUAAAUGGUUGCACGACGGCCUAUGCUAGGCCAUAGUGAUCGGCACGACUGAAUGGAAACUAUUGGACUUGUCAAUAGUUUGAAACUAUCAUUGGUUUGUCUAAUUAAAAAAAGGAAAGGUUAGCAGCAAUAAUUAUUACAUUCUUUGAUGGUUUGAUAAAAAUAGGAUUACUGAUUGAAAAUAUAAAGAACUGUGAUACUGUUUGCACAGAAAAAUUAAUAUUUAAGUAGGAUAUUACAAAAAUGAUUUUACAUGUACUCAAAGAUCUCAUCAGAUCCUCAAAGUUUUUAUAACUCUGCUGAAAAUUAAAUUGAUUAAAAGAUAUCAUGUAUAUUUUUUUAUAGUGUCAUCUUUGAAGGAUGUGUUUUUUAAGAGGGCUCCACUCAAGUUUGGUGUACUGCUGCUGGGCACAAAAAAAUCAUUAACCAGUGAAUUUUGAUUUUAAUAAAGAAAAAGAUUACGACAAAUGUAAAUUUUUGGAAGAAAAAUUUAAGAUAACAAAAGAAUUAUAGAAUAAAAUGUUAAUUAAAAAAUAGACCCGUAAAAUUUAUUAGUUACUACUGUGUAUAUGACAAUGUUUCAAAAGCUCAUUAGAACAGUUAACAAUACAUGUGUAGUGAAUUCGAGUAAAGUUAGAUAAUUCAAUUACCAACAUCUAAUUUUGUACAUAUGCACAUUGUAUAAUACAGUAUAUACAGUACCUGCCGCCUAUCUACCGCCCAUGCGGUUUUCGCGAGCCGAUAAAUUGUAAUUUGAAUAUCUAUCCAGAAUCUAUUUUACUUCUCCGAUAUUUUAGUCUAGGUUAGAAAGAUUUAAUGGCAAUUUUUUUAAUUUUGGGUUCUCUUAUCAUUUAUUGCUAGCGGAAUAUUCGUAAGUAUAGACCAUGAUAAAGGUAUCUUUAUUCAUGACAUAAACCUUAUACCACAGAAUAUCAUAUUAUGGUCUUUGGUUUUUAUCGUACGACGUUUAUAACAAAAUGGUACGAUGAUUUCUGAACUGCGAUACGAAGAAAACCCGCAUUAUUGACGCCUACUAGAGUUCAAAGUAUGACUUUGAAUUCACUACCAUUGAAUGUACUUAUCAUAGAAAUUAAUAAAUCGAUUCAAGACAUACAUUACUAAUUUAUUUAAUUAUGAUAUAUUGUGUGUUCACUUGUGCGUAAUAAUUUGUAUUAGAAAAAUAGUUUAUUUUAUUAUUUUUGUUUAGUUCUUUUAUUUAGUAACGUUUGACCGAAAUACAUUAAAACAUUUUUGAUAUGUACCUGAUCUCUUCUUUUUGCAGUUUACACAACUUGUGGGAUGAGUUUAGAUUUUUAAAAACUACGAGAUGUACAUUUUUUCCAAUAUUAUUUUCAUUAUAACUUUUGAACGUAUUGCUUUUGUGGUUUAAUUUGUUAUUUUUAAAUAAAUAUGAUGGAUACAUUUGACAUGACGGAAGAUAUUGAUUUGGCUGGUCUUGAUGGUAAGAUUACUGAGUAAGAUUAAGAUUUUUUCGAUAUAUUUUAAUUUUUCAUACUUUUUGUAGAGUUCAUUAAUAAUUAUGAUGUAGAAAUGCCAGAAAUUAAUACCAAAUUGUUCUCAGAAGAUAGUAUUUUAUCUGAAUUUAAUGAUACUAUGGAUAAUCCUACUUUAAUGGAUAUUCCCGAACUUAAUCUACCCCAACAACAACCACAAAUUACUGUGAACGCCAUUAAUAAUUUAAUUUCUUUGCCUUCUGCUGUACUUGAUCCACCAACUAAAAACAUUCCAAUUGUAAAACCAGAGAUAAAACCCAAUCGUAAAAUUAUUGAAAAGCCAAUUCAACCUAAUUAUACUGUUGAAAAUGUCGAUAAAAAAAUAAGGUACAUACAAAAACCAAUUGUUCCAAUUCAAAAUGUUAGACAAAUACACUUGCCGACUGAUCAAAUGAAACAAGUAUUAGAAUAUUUAUUUUAUUUUCUAUGUAUAAUCCAUUGCAUAUUAAUAUACAAUUAUUUAUAGGUUUUUUUAGGUACACAACUGAACUCUACACCUACCACAGUUAUGUAUACAUCAACAAAUGGUCAAGUUCAACCAAUUAUAUUAAACAAUGCUGCAUUUCUUACCAAUAGUAAAAAUUUCUAUCGUUGAACAAAAGUAUGAAAUACAAUUUAAUAUUUAUUAUUUUAGGUAUACCAGUCAUUAUUGACUCAGAUAAUAUGACAUCAAACAAUAAUUUUGACAAAAGAUUUAUGAAAGAUGAAAAACCUCGAAGUUCGCAUAAUGUAAUUGAAAGAAGGUAUCGUACAAGUAUUAAUGAUAAAAUUAUGGAAUUAAAAGAUAUGAUUCUUGGACCCGAAGCUAAGGUAAAUUUAUUGUUAUUCUGAAUAAAAAUCCCCCAAAAAUGGACGAUACAUGGAUAAAAAUCUCCAACUCUUAUUUAUUUUUUUUUUGGUUAAUGAAAUGUUGAUAUUUAGCUGAUUUUAAUAUUAAAAAUAGCUAUAAUAUUUAUAAUUAAAAAUUGCUGGAACUGUUUAAAAUAAUUAUUAGUUGACAAUAAACUUAUUGAUUGAAUAUAUGACACUUUUAUCAAUAACACCAAAGUUUGGUAAUAGUUUACCAAAAUAAAAUAAAAUGUUUUCCAUGUUUUGUCCUCUGGGGAUGUUUAUUCUUGAAUUCAUAUUAUUAUGUAUAUACAAUUAUAAAGCUUAACAUUCUGUGUUUAUUCAGUUAAAUAAAUCAGCUAUACUCAAGAAGGCUAUAGAUUAUAUUAAAUAUUUAGAAAUGGCUAAUGAAAAAUUAAAAGAAGAAAAUAAAUUACUGAAAAUUAAUAUUUCAAAAAAACAACUCGAUCAAAGUUCUUCUCCUAUUCAAUCACAUGAAGAAUACAACAGUAUUGGUUCACUUACACCACCUCAGUCAAAUAUUUCAAUUUCCUCUCCAGAAAGAUCUGAAGGUGCAUCAUCACCUGAGAUAGUAAUAAGUACCCAUUCAAUUUUGGUACGAUAUAUACAGAGAUGUAUUUCUCACUAUUACUACUUCUUACUAUCAUUAUUGUUACACUAUUGUAUAAACAAGAGGUUCUCAAACUGCUAGUAUGUGGUAGGCAGAAGGUCGCAUGGUAACAAUGGUAAUCAGAAAAAGAGAAAAAUUAAGUAUUAAAUUAUUUAUUUUUUAUUUUUAAAUUUUGAACACAAUAAUGUAUGUAUUUAUUAUACAAUAUUAAAACGUUUUUCAUUAAUAUUUUGUCUAUUAAUGCAAUAAUAUAAAAUACACAAAAUAUUACAAUGAUAAUAAUCAAAUAAACUAAAUAAAUCAAUAAAAACAUAUUGUGUGUGUUACUGCAGUUAAACCUCUAACCUAGAUUACCAUUCUCACAUCGAGCACUUCAACUGUAAGUUCAUAAAAACUUAUUUUUAUUAAACCCUUCUCUCAAAAUUCAAAACUAUCCUGUUCUCUAAAAAGUCUAUUGCAGGCUAGUAAGACCUAUAGUUGAAUUUGGCUCACCUCUUUGGCAUCCUUGUACAUCCUCUAACUCUUUCCAACUUGAGUGAGUUCAGUGUAACCGUACACUGAACUCGGUAACAGUACAGAAAAUAAAUUUAUCAUUAUUCAUACAAAUGUUUUUUAAUGGAUUUAAUACUAUAAUUCAUAUUAAUAUUAUAUUGAAGUAUUUUAUUGUUUUAUACUCUUAUCGUUAUGAAAUAAAUGUAAACACAUGAAUUGUUCAAUUUUUAGUUUUACAUGGUAUGUGACAGAUCCAUAAUACAUAUAAGCAGUACGUGAAAUUAAAAGUUUGAGAACCUCUGGUAUAAACAUAAACAUUAUUAUUUUUGUAAUAUAAUAUUAUAUAUAUAUUUUAUAAUAAUUAUAGAACAACAAAUCUGGGAAAAAAGGCAUGGCUGAUCAUUCAAGAUUAGUACUUUGUGUCUUCAUGUUUGCAAUUAUUGCUUUUAAUCCGUUUGGACAUUUAUUAUCAAACCAAAAUUUAACAUAUUCUCACUCUUCUUUGACAGAGAACUUUGAUGGGAGAACAAUUUUAAAUGCUAAAUUAGGUAAAUAUUAGUAAACAUUUUAAUAAACAUAUAUAUUAUUUUAUUCACAAUUAUUUUUUAGAAGAUGUUGGAGCAGACACUGACGAGUACUAUCAAACCUUUAUGUUUACGCUAUCUAUUUGGGCAUUAAAUAUUUUUGUUAUGAUUAUUAGUUUAACAUGUCUUCUUGUCAGUGAUCCAAUUAUAUAUUCUGAUUCUGGCAUGUAUAAAGAUUAUUUGCAAAUGAGAAAAAAAGCUGAGGAAAAUUUGAAUAAGGUUUGGAAAAAAAAAAUUUUUUAUUAGUAUUGUCAUUUUGAAUUGUUUUUCAAUGAUUUAUAGGGCAAUAGAAAAAUUGCAGUUCUUGAACUUUCUAAAUGUUUAGAAAUGUUAGGUCGACCAAUAUGGACCAACCGUAAGAACCUUUGGGCUUCAUUAAUAUGGCAAAUGAUUAGACAAUGUUUACAUCAGUUUAAAAUUGUUGUAUUUUUAAAGAAGUGGUAUGAUGAGAUUUUGAAUAAUAGGUAGCUAUAAUAAAUAAUAUUUAUCUAUGUAAAAUAACUUACUAUUAUUAUUAAUUUGUAGAUCAAAAAAACAUGAUACUUUAAAUACAGCUACACAGCUUAGUGAAAUUUAUCAUUUAUUACAUAAAUUGUAUUUAAUUGGCGGAUCUGACUGUCCAAUACCUAACGCCCAUUGGGGUGUUGGCCUAUACUUGGGAUUUUGCUCAAUUAAUAUGGCUGAAGCAGCUGGAUAUCAAGUAAUUUCAGUUGAAACUCGUGUACGUCUGUACUCAACCAUUGCUCUUAAUUUCAAAACUAUAAAAUUUAGAGGAUCCAGAAUUUUUACAAGGUAUAUUAUUAAGUGUUAUUAAAAUUAUAUUUUAUAUUUUAUAUAGUCAUAUAUUUUUGCUGUAGAUAUUAUUUACAUAAAGCACAAAAUCAAGUAAUUAACUAUAAUAGAUUGCCAGCAAAUUUGAAUUGGCUUAUAACAGAUCAUGGUUUCCGAUUUUUCAUUGAUCGAAACUGGACAUUUACUCCAUACAUGGCCAUGUCUUCAUUCACCAUACUUUCAGACUCUAAUGAUCCAUUAUCACAUGUUACUAGAGUAUGUAUUUAAAAUAGUUUUGAAUUUUCAACAAACCUAAACGUGUUUAUUUAAGUUUUUCAGAGAAAAUACCCUGGAAAAAUCUUUACAAACAUUGAUAUCACCAGGCACAAGACAAAUUAUUCAAGCUGUAGGUCACGCCAAACAAUCAACUGUUACUUCUGAUGUUUUACUGUAUGUACAACGCAUUGUUGAGUCUAAUUUAACUACAGUGAAACCAGUUAUAAUUGGUAGUUCAGAAUUAAAUGGUAGGUAAAUUAUAAUUUUUGGAACAUAAAUUUAUUGGUUUUUAUUAAAUAUUUACUUAGUUGUAGAAGAUGAAAAAGCAGCAUGGUGGGGUGCAAUGUUUGCAGCUGGAGCAUAUUGGAUUUUAGGAGAAGAUAGUGGUACAAAUUUGCUUGAUAAACAUAUCUCAAAUGUUCCACCAAGUUUAUUAGUGGAUCCUUUAGCACAAGCUACAUUGGCAGCUUAUAAGUAAAAAUAUUUAUAAUACAAUGUAAAGAAUAAAUUAUCGUUUGUUAUAAUUUAUAAUCAAUAAUUUUAUAUGUAUUUUUAGAUGUCGAAGUAAAGUUCUAAUAAUAAAUCCUAGAAUUCUAGAACACCAAUGUCAAGAAGCUAGCAAAAUGCUAUCAGAAACUUUAAUCCUGUUGCAAACUAAUAAACCUCCAGCAAUUGUAAUUGUAAGUCAUAUUUUAAAUAAUUUAUUAAUUAUAUAUUAUCUGUUUAUAAUUAUAAUUGUUUAAUUUUUUUUUCUAAAUUUAGAUGACACUAUUAUUGGCUUGUGAUUGGUUAUUGGAGACAAGAAUGUUAUCGUGGCAAGAAGAACGUAAAAAAAUGCCAGCGGGAUAUGUAAAUAUUGAAUUUUCGAAUUUGAAAAGCUUUCAAGAAGAUUUAACUUCCUUACGGAAAAUUGCACAAUUUGUACCAGUAAGUACAGCCUAUUUAUGCCCAUUAAACUAGUUUUUUCACCAUUCAUAUAUUUUGAUUACUUCUCUGUAAAAAUAUGUUUGUUUUUUUUUUGCUAAUCUUAUGUUUUUAGUUUAUUUCUUGGUUUAAUUAUUGAAUUAUCCAACUAAAAUUAGGAAAAAUCAUAAAAGAUAGUACUUAUUUUGAUUCAGCGCUUAAACAUAAUAUCCAUUGCAUAUUUUAAAGUAGUAGUUACUUUCUUGUUAAAAAUGGAAAACCUUUAGUUUGCUACAGCCAAAGUUUUCUUAUAUGAAGCGACCGCGCGUUUAAUGGCUGGAGCAUCACCAACAAAAACUCAACAACUAAUUGAUCGCAGUUUAAGACACAGAUCAACACGCCAUUUUGUUAUUUGUACCAAAGGUAUAUUCUAUUUCUUGUAUUUUUGUUUUUCUUAUAUCACAUUAUUUCACGGAUUCAGGUAAAGGCGAACAAAGCUCAAUUGGUUUAAGAGAGCAUGCGACUGCUUUGUUUAUGGCCUGUAAACAUUUACCUAUGUCACUUCUAUCACCACCUGGGAUUAGGGCCGGAAUGUUAACUGAAGCAGCCUAUACAUUAGAAAAAAUUGGUGAUCGGAAAAAUCUUAUGCAGUGUUACAAGUUAUUGAAAUCUAUAACAACUAAUUCAUCUGUCUCUGAUUGAUUCUAUCUAUUGAACGCAUUAAUACUUGUUUUUAUAGUUACCGUAAAUAUUUUUAUUAUAUAUAUGAAUUGUUUAGUAGUAUAUAGUAUUAUUUAUUGUUAUUUUAUUCAGUGUUCCUGAACAAUUUACUCUCAAGAUGCCUCAUAACUGUGAUUGUUUUUGUUGAAAACCACUUGUUCUAAAUCAAUCUCUAAAAAUUAAUAAUCUGAUAAUAAUUUUGAAAAUAGAUAUUGAUUUUUCAAUACUUGCUUGGUGCGUCAGCCUAAGUACAUUUUUAAAAUUAUUUUCAAAAAAUAAAAUUUUGAAAUAAUGAACCGAAAAUAAUUUUAAAAUGUAGCAUCAGUUGUUGGGUUGUAAUUAAAUGUUAUGAAUAGGGUGCGGAUUAUAAUGCAAAUUUAAUUAUUCUAAAUGUCCUAAAGCAAUGCCUUCCAAGCACAAAUUUGUUUCAUAUAUUAAAGAAUUAAUGUAUAAAACUUUUUAUUUUUUGACUUUUAGUGUUAUCAGAAAAUUUGGUAACAAUUAUUUUGAUUUCCUCUCAAACAAAAAAACAAUUUUAUUUUUAAAAUGUAUUAUGUAUUAUGAUUUACCGAUUGUACGAGAUAAAUACGAUGCCAGCUGCAACAAAGAAAACGGCAAGUUAUUUAUUGAAUAUUGCACUAUUUGCACUGUUGUGUUUAGUAUUAUGUAUAUUAUAACUGAUUCCCGAGUGAUAUAAGAAGAGUAUUCAUUAAUUAUUAAAAAUUUAUAUACCUACUUAAUUAAAUAAUUCUUUAACCAUUUUUUUUUAAUUUUUAAAGCUGCACC